AAUCAGAUUCUAGUGAGACAUACUUGGUAAAGAUGGCGUCUGCGAGAGAAAAUGAAGAGUGGACUGAAGGCUUUACCAUAAUUAAAGACAAGCAUUAUCGUUUCAGAGACCAUACGAAUUGAUUUGUCAGUAGGAAAUACGUUUCAUCUGGCUGCUCUCGAUAUUUGGACAUUGUUUUAUUCAUUAGCGUUCGGGCGCAGACGUCCGCAGCUUUGUUUUCGAUUGGAGACAGCCCGUGGUUUGGACAGCUCACCAGCUUCAAGUUGGCAAGCGCGAAUGUUAGCCUGGAUAGCAUUUUGCUCUGCUGGCUUGGAUCUGUAUCGGUGUCCAUGGAACCAUAGCAGGACCCCUGUCGACAACGGACCAUACACCGUCCGCUAAAGUCGUUCUCGUACCAGCCGCCGUUGAUGAACCACACGGAUUAAAAUCGUUGUCUGGAAAUAGAGGCCAUUGAUCUGUCAUUGCGACACUGUUUUCAGCGUCGUGGCAGAGUGACUGGCCGACAUGUAUUUUCUAACCGGCUGGCCCCGGAGGCUACUUUGUCCGCUUAAAAGUGAAGAGGAACCCUUCUACAUCCAGCCCAGCACGCAGAGGUUUUACUUUGCGGUUUUGUCUGAGACUCAACUCAGCAUCUGGUUUAGCCGGCCCAGUGUCCUGAUUGUCAGCUACAUCGAGUCGGCCAAAGCGGCAGCCCAGUUUGGCUCCUACCAGUGUGCAGAAUGGAAACCAGAUGACUCCAUGAUAGCUGUGGCGGCCUCUAAUGGAUACAUCCUCCUGUUUGAUGUGCUGGGAGGACAAGAGGACAAAUACCUCUAUGAGGCCGUCUACCCAAAAGGGAGUCCCCGCGUCAAGGUGACGCCUGGUUAUAAGCAGGAACAGUGUGCUCCUGCUCUGACCCUGGAGAUGAAGAAACCUGUGGACCUGGAAGCUCCCAUCACCAGCCUCCAGUCCCUCCAGGACGACCUGCUGGUGUGCACGGCGGACGGAUACCUCCACGUGCUGCACUGGGACGGCCUGGGCAGCAACGGGCGCAAGGCCAUCAGCCUCACCACCAUCCCCUUCUCCCUGGACCUGCAGUCCGCAAGAGGGGGUCCGUCUCUGGACCUGGACAAGGUUCACAUCAAGUGCAUGGAGUACUGCGUGACCCUGGACGGCUUCGCCGCCGUGCUCAGCGACGGACGGCUGGGCUUCAUCACACCGCUCGGCAACACCGUCACCGCCGACCAGCUGCAGGGCGUCUGGGCGGCUGACGUGAUGGACGGGACGUGUGUGGCGGUCAACAACAAGUACCGGCUGAUGGCCUUCGGCUGUGCCAGUGGCACUGUGUUGGUGUACAUGAUCGACACCACGACUGGAUCAAUGCAGCUCUCCCACAAGCUGGAGCUCACCCCAAAACACUACCCAGAUAUCUACAACAAGACGGGCCCUGUCAAGCUCAUCCGCUGGUCCCCGGACUACAGCGUUGUCAUGGUGACCUGGGAAUGCGGGGGCCUGUCGCUGUGGAGCGUGUUCGGAGCGCAGCUCAUCUGCACCCUGGGGGAGGACUUUGCGUAUCGUUCUGAUGGAACCAAAAAGGAACCAAUUAAAAUCAGCUCUAUGAGCUGGGGAGCUGAGGGUUACCACCUGUGGGUGGUCCCUAGCAUACCAGAGAAGAGGAAGAGGAGGAGAUCACAGGAGCAGCAACAACAGGAGGCGGAGGAGAAAGAGGAGGAGGAGAAGGAGGAAGAGCAAGAGUUAAAUGAGGAGAUGGCGGAUCCACCCCCUCCUUGCUCCACGCCGCGAGUGGGCAUCUUACAGUUCCACUUCAUCAAGAGCGCCCUCACUGUGAACCCGUGCACGAGUAACCAGGAGCAGGUGUUGCUCCACGGAGAAGACCGCCUCUACCUGACCUGCGGGGACCCCGCGCAGACACACAACUACAACAACACAAACGGCGGCGGCGGCGCAGACCCCCAUGUCCCGCACCCCCACGCACAACCCCAGCCCCAGGACGGCAGCCCGCUGCACUCCCCUCCCGGCCACAGCGCCGCUCUCUCUCAGGGCCUCAGCGCUUUACUGGGACACAAACACUGGCACGUCAUCCAGAUCCACUGCACAUACCUAGAGAGCAAUUGGCCAAUCCGGUUUGCAGCCAUCGACUCUGCAGGCCAGUGCAUGGCAGUGGCCGGGAGGCGGGGCUUCGCUCACUACUCCCUCUACAGCAGGAAGUGGAAGCUGUUUGGGAACAUCACCCAGGAGCAGAACAUGACCGUCACCGGGGGUCUGGCCUGGUGGAAGGACUUUGUCGUGGUGGCGUGUUACAAUUUCAUCGACCAGCAGGAAGAGCUGAGGCUGUACCUGCGGUCAUCCAACCUGGACAAUGCGUUUGCCUCGGUGACGCGGUUGCCGGCAGAUACGCUGCUGAUCAACGUGUUCCGGGACAUGGUGAUCCUGUUCCGGGCCGACUGCUCCAUCUGCCUCUACAGCCUGGAGCGGAGGAACAGCGGUCCUAACCCCUCAGCCAGUGUGGAGCUGCUCCAGGAGGUGUCCAUGUCCCGCUACAUCCCCCAUCCUGCCCUGGUGGUCUCCGUCACACUCACCUCCGUCCGCACCGAGACGGGCAUCACACUCAAAGCCCCGCAGCAGGCCUGCGUGGCAGAGAGCAUCAUGCUGAACCUGGCCGGCCAGCUCAUCAUGUUACAGAGGGACCGCUCCGGGCCCCAGCUCAGGGACAAGGACACGCCCCCCAACAACAAGAAGCUGCUCUCCUUCUGCCCCCCGGUGGUGCUGGCUCAGUGCGUGGAGAACGUGUGGACCACGUGCCGCUCCAACCGCAAGAAGCGCCACCUGCUGGAGGCGCUGUGGCUGUCGUGCGGCGAGGCGGGCAUGAAGGUGUGGCUGCCGCUGUUCCCGCGCGACCACCGCAAGCCGCACUCGUUCCUCUCGCGGCGCAUCAUGCUGCCCUUCCACAUCAACAUCUACCCGCUGGCCGUGCUGUUCGAGGACGCCCUGGUGCUGGGCGCCAGCAACGAGACGGUGCUGUACGACGGGCUGCAGGGCGGCGGCUGCGGCGGGGCGUCGUCCCCCUCCGAGCCACUGGAGGCGCUUUUCCCCUACUGCACGGUGGAGCGCACCUCGCAGAUCUACCUCCACCACAUCCUGCGGCAGCUGCUGGUGCGGAACCUCGGAGAGCAGGCCCUGCUGCUGGCCCAGUCGUGCGCCGGCCUCCCCUACUUCCCCCACGUGAUGGAGCUGAUGGUGCACGUGGUGCUGGAGGAGGAGGCCACGUCGCGGGAGCCCAUCCCCGACCCGCUGCUGCCCACCGUGGCCAAGUUCAUCACGGAGUUCCCCCUGUUCCUGCAGACCAUCGUGCACUGCGCACGCAAGACGGAGUACGCCCUGUGGAACUACCUGUUCGCCGCCGUGGGCAACCCCAAGGACCUGUUCGAGGAGUGCCUCAUGGCACAGGACCUGGACACGGCCGCGUCCUACCUGAUCAUCCUGCAGGGCGGUGCCGGUACUGCCCCCCCCCCUCACCUGUCCCCUGGCUCUGUGCAGAACAUGGAGGUGCCCGCGGUGAGCCGGCAGCACGCCACGCUGCUCUUCAACACGGCCCUGGAGCAGGGCAAGUGGGACCUCUGUCGUCACAUGAUCCGCUUCCUCAAGGCCAUUGGCUCUGGGGAGAUGGACACCCCGCCCCCGACGCCCAGCACUCAGGAACCCAGCUCGACGGGCGGCUUCGAGUUCUUCAGGAACCGCAGCAUCAGUCUGUCCCAGUCGGCCGACUGCAUCACCACGGGCAAGUUCAACCUGCAGAAGACCUUCAGCAUGCCCACGGGCCCCUCCUCUAAAGGGCGGGAGGUGGAGUGUGCGGAGAACAUGUACAUCGACCUGAUGCUGUGGCGGCACGCGCGCCACCUGCUGGAGCAGGUGCGCCUGCGCGACCUGGGCUGCUUCUCGGCCCAGCUGGGCUUCGAGCUCAUCGGCUGGCUGUGCCGCGAGCGCAACCGUGUGGCCCGCGUGGAGGACUUUGUGGGCGCGCUCAAGACGCUGCACCGCGACUUCCUGUGGCCCUUCCCCGUGCUGCCCGCCGGCAGCCUCAGCUCGCCGCUGAAGAACGGACGCUGCCGCGCCGUGCUGAGCACAACGCUGCUCAAGUCCCAUCCGGCGGACAGCCUGCUGCACAGCGACAUGGACACGGGGCCCGCCGCCCUCCCCCCGGCGGCCCCCAGGGGCCGCGCCUGGCUGGAGGCCCUGGGGCCCGGGGCCAAGGACAUGGACACGGGCUCCUCCUCCAGCCACUCCCUCCACCGCCUCACCCCCGAGACCCAGGACGCCUUCCUCUCGCCCCUCUCCAACAAAGUGGAGGAGUACAGCCUCGGCUCGGCCACGGACCUGACGGAGAACAGCUCGGUGGUGGACGGGGACUGGACCAUGGUGGACGAGAACGCCUCCACCCUGAGCCUCAGCCAGGCCGAGCUGGAGCACAUCUCCAUGGAGCUGGCCAGCAAGGGCCCCCACCGGUCCCAGGUGCAGCUCAGGUACCUGCUCCAUAUUUUCAUGGAGGCGGGCUGUCUGGAGUGGUGCGUGGUGAUUGGUCUGAUCCUGCGCGAGGCCAAUGUCAUCAAGCAGGUGAUUGGCUACCUGGAUAGCCCCGAGGUUCCGCCCGAGACGGUGCAGAGUGUCCGCAGCGGCCUAUUGGCUGUGGACUCGUGGGCCUCCACCGAUUGCCUGGGCUUCAAGCCCUUCCUCAGCCUGAUCCGGCCCCAGCUGCAGCAGCUGAUGGAGGCGGCGGCCGAGCAGGUCCACACCGAGGCCUUCCAGGCCACCGGCCCGGGGGGCUCCAAGCUGGGCGGGGGCGGCGCCGACGGCCUGGCGGGAGGGGGGGCCGGAGGAGGAGCAGGAGGCGGAGGCGGCGGAGGAGGAGGUGGUGCAGGAGGAGGAGGAGGAGCGAUGGGCGGGGGGGCCUCAGCCCGGACCGAGGACAGCAGAUCCAGCACGGCCUCGCUGGGCCUGGCCAUGCCCUCCCUGGACCCCCCCGGGGGCUUCCCCCGGCCCCCCGCCGAGGUGGGGCCCCCGGAGGAGGCGGAGGAGCUGGGGGACGACGAGGGGGCGUACGACUGCACCCUGUCAUGAACACUAAAGAGAGAGAGAGAGAGAGAGGGAGGGGGAACUCCUGAACUCUGAACUAUGGUUGAACUUGGGACCCUGGAGGUAAAGGCAAAGGAAGAAUUAAAGUGUGUGUGUGUGCGACUGUGUGUGUGUUACUGCUGGUCUGACUGUGUGUUCAGGAAGAGCCCGCAGUCGGUGCAGGUUGUUCAUUGAAUCCGUAUUAUCCACUCUAUAGAUUCCAAACUAGAGGCCUGUUGGAGACCUACACUGGCCCGCUACCAGAAGCCCAAACCGACUAGCAGACACACACACACACACAGUCACACAGAUAGCCAACCCGAAGCACAGGCGGAAGAAGUCAAACCAACAGGCUCCUUUUAGCUGUUGUCAUUUUUUAUCCUCAAUAUGGCUUACCAAGAGAGACCCUGUGGUGUGUGUGUGUGUUCAGGACCGCAGGCAAAGGACAACAGCUCUUUCACCUCAUCCUCCAGAUUUCCCACCAAUGUUUUUUCGCCACACACCGUGUUGUCACUGGACACUUUCGGACCGUAAUUUGCCUCCCAAAUCUCCCCCGCCACUAAUCCUUAUCUGAGCCCCCCUCGCUGGACGGCCGCUCAGUUAAGUCCUUGAUCUUCGAUGUGCACAGACCUCUCACGGCCACUCACUCGAGGCGUGUGUGCGUGUGUGUGUGUGUGUGUGUGUGUGGGGGUGGGGGUGGGUGGGUGGGUGUGGGGGGGGGGGUCCGCACUUUCAUACCUCAUGAUUUCAAGUUGCUUCCUUUUUUUUCCAAUCAUGUAACGAUGCAUGUCAUAUUUUUCUAUGAAUUCACCCCCUUUUUUAAUUUUAAUGCCACCUUAAAAUAAUGGAUUGACGUAUGUUUCAUUCUUCGUUCAAUUUUCUUUCCAGAUGUAAUUCCACUAAAGUAUGUGGCAGGUGCGUGUUUUUCCAGUAUUCAGAACAUACGUUUGCGUCUGAAAGGUACAAACGACAUCCCACAACGUAUGACUCCGUAGCCUGUGGAGUUUUUAACAAACACGUGACGCUGAGGCCUGGCCCUUCUUCGGUGGUACACUUCAUCAACUGAAAUCUGAUCAGUCCUCAUUAAUGAUGAAGUGCAUUGUGGGUAUAAAAACUAAAAUCCUCACUUUUUAUUUUUUUGCCAAUCAUAGCGACAUUGUGCAAUACAAGCGUGUUUGGGGACGGCCCAAAUCGUGACAGUUAUCGCUUUAUCCCUGCGCACAUACUGCCCACACGAUGUAUGGAUAUCUGUUUGUUAUUUGCUUGUCAAAUGGAGUAUCUGCUUUCUUUUUAUUCGCUUCGAGAUGAACCAUUGACGUGUGUUGUUCUUAAAGACUCUGUAAACAUAUAAUUCUAUUACCCACUUCGUAGAAGAAGAAUUGUGACUGACGCCCUCUUCUGGAGGGUCAACCAAUCACAGCAUACGAUAUCUAUUUCAGAGGAAAGCUACCGGGCAUCCAAGAACUUUCAGAAUUAUGAAAUUAUGAGACCAGAAAUCUGUGAUGGCUUUCAUUGUAACAGCAAAAUUUGCAGUUUCCCAUUAUAACAUACAAUAAUUAUGAAAUAGUGUAUUGCUAUUGACUAUAUGCUUAUGGGGCCCUCGGGGUUGGUCCCCACAAAUACGUUCAGAUUUGUGUGUGUUUGAAAAUGCUUAUGAGGCCCAAUGGCUGUGUCUCCACAAACACGUUUUCAAAUUUGUGUGUUUGAAAUUGAUGUUCCAUAUAUGUAUUGAGUUUUGAACCAUCAUUUGUCGUGGUGAGGUAAGCUCACGUGGAAUUGAUAUUUUAACAUUGAGUCAUUAUUAAUUGUAUUAUUUAUUGGUAUUAUUUCUGAUGGGUGAUAGAGUCAAUGAAUUGAUGCCCAGCAGGAAAUCCUUGUGAUGAUGAUCAGUUUGCGUUUAUGACUGGUUGAUUAAGGUAACCCUCUCCUUGAAGACAAUUAAGGAUCAAUAUCAUCUUUCUGAGCAAAAAGCAGAAGUCUCGUCGCAAAUACGUCAGUAUUAUAUUGUGCAAUUGUUUGAAAUGUUACACCCUGCUUUAUUUUCUUUCAUUUCAUCCUGCUUUUAUUAGAUUUUACUUUUAACUGUCUGGUCAAAUCUUUGUCACUUUUCACUCGCAGACCAAAAUUAGUUUUCUUCUUUAAUGUUUUUUUUGUUCCAGGAACCACACAAGGUAUGAUGUACUAUAGAAUAGUUGUUCGCUUUCCUGCAUCCAUAUGACUUUCUUGGCUCUUGGUUUGCGAUUUCCUGCCCUGAGCGCAAAACUUCCAGUAUUGCUGAUUCUCAUGUAGUUUUCAUCAAGGCUACGGUUGCGUCAUGCGUCUGUGGGACGCCUACGUUAACGGUCUCUAUCGAUGCUGGGCUGUUUUACUGUACAGUUGAGUUGGCGGAACUCGAACGACGAGAAAUCGGUGAUCCAAAGAGUAAAAGUUCCGAGGCCUUUUGUUGUAGCUAGUUGCUUGGUUCAAGCGCUUACAUCACGCACCUCAGUCCCUCCCCCCCUCGUUUGCGUCCCCCCUCACUAGAACACCUAACUGGCAUCGUACGUGACCAUUUCCUAAGGAAAUGAAUAUUUUCAGAGACUGCCUGUUCUCCUCUCUGCAGGACAGUUUGUAAGGACUGACGCCCUCUGUGGCCAGAGCCGUAGAGGGAGAGGUACUCCCAAGUCAAACUCUCGAAGCAUUCUUUCGGCGGUGAACUCCUUUGUACAGUUUUAAAAUUGCCUAUUUUGUGACUCAGAAUAGACACUUUGGUCAGUAAUACUAGACAUCAUCAAUGCAGUGUAAAGAUGCUCUAUUGUACAAUUGCCUUUUCUACUCCCGUUUGGUUUUUCUACUCUUUUCCCCUUGUAUAUAGACCAAUAAAUUAUUUUUAAAAACACUUUGCUGUAUUGACUUCAAAUUUUUGCGUUAUCUUGAUCUAUACGUCAAAAAUAUGACGUCAUCCAUCCCAUUCAACCAUAUGACUCGGGACACAGCGAGAUACACCUGCCAAAAAAAUCUCAAUUUAUUAAAUGAUAAAUCAAACAAUUGGUUAUAAAACCUUGAAUCUUAAAUUUAACUUACAGUAUAUUGUUAAAAUAAAAAAUAAGGCAGAGCUGAAAGUUUAAAGACAUUAAACAAAUGCAUUAAAAGUGGAUGAAAUCGACUAGUUACCGUGGGAGUGCAAUCAGUACAGUAUUCAGAACAUUUUUAUUUACAUAUCCCAAAGCCAAACAGCUUAUUUUUAUAAAAGAAAACAUCGGAUGAGUUAUUUCACAGUAUUUAACCUCUCGGCUACUGUAAAUGGCUUUAGUUUACAUCAGUUUGUCUAUUUAGUGGGAAAACUAGGAUUUAUAUUAGACUGCUUACUAGUCUUUAAAUCCAGAUCCUUAUUAAGUUAUUAAGGCUAGAUUCAGCAAGAGUACAUCUUUGUGCUACGUCUGAUAAAUAAACAUGCUAACUGCAGAAGAGCCAAACAAUGCUAUUUUUUUUCCAUUUUAAAAGCUAUGUUUUUUUUUAUCUAUUACUUAACGCUAGGGGGAAAUUUUGUUUAGAAGCAUUUUUAAAUUGAUUGAAAUCCUCUAAACAUCACGAAAGAAAUUCAAUAAAUCAGAGAAAAUAAUCCAAUAUUUGUGGUUGUUUAGGUCUGUAAUAAGCCUGGCCAAUUAUUUAAUUCGGCCGAAAGGAAUGAUUGGAUGAUGGAUCCUUCCAAAAGGCGAGGCAGAGCUAUUUCCAAGAGCUAGCGAGCUGGUAACCUGUUUUGGGGUGUGGCUUUGGAAGUAGGCCUGAAGGGAGGGGUGGGCUUUUUUCAGUUGGAUACUUUCAAAAACUAUUUUACUCUGGCUGAUCCUCCAAAUUGCCUACCCUAGCUUUAACUGCAGGCUGUUUCCCCAAAUGAUUCCAAAGUAUGAUGACCAUCUUUGGAAAAAUACAUGCAUGUCCCCGUUUACAUAACAGCAUUCAACAAUGAUAACCUAGUAAGUUUUGUCAUGAACCACGGCUAUCCCGUUCAGGGAGAUGAUUGCACCUUUUGAAAUUCACAUCAUUCAAGUGUCCUCUGAAUUCACAUCUUAAAUAUGUUGCCAUCAAAAUGUAUUCUUAUAGCCCGUCUUUAGUCAGAAAAUCCUACAAAGUUUGUCACACCUUUGUAAGAUUUAUUUUAGACUUAGUGCAAAUUCUUGCGAGGUUUGGAGGUUGAGAGGCGUAAUGUUAGUCAUGCAGGCAUUGCUCGGCAGAUGAAUGGUGCUACAGCAAUAGACUGGGGUACAGCCCAAGAACAAGACAGAAAGCCGUGAGACAUAAAUAUUGCCCAGAUCUUCAAUUUUCUGAAAUCUUAUAAGAAAGAAACACUAUGAAAGCUCUUCAAAUUGCUCACAGUGGUUUAACAUUUUUAAUAAGCAAAAGUUAAUUCUUUCUUGAAUGGGAAGAUUUGGAAUUUGAUUAGUGACAGCAGCUUAUAUACAAAAAAUGCAUUCAUUGCUGACCAACUUUGAUUGAGAAAAAAACAUAACGUUAAUGAUUUUGAUGCUUUCGCACAAUUGUUGAACGGACAACUGUUGAACUGAAUCACCCAUCCUGAAAAGAUGGGCUCACAUUAAAUAAACUGCAGUUAAAACAUAGCAUUCAACCCAAGCAGAGCAGUCACUCCUCUUCCAUUCACCGACUGCAAUGCACCUAGCAAAGAGCCAAGAUAGACACCAUCAUUCCCUACCCAAAUAAAACAUACGCAACAAAUAAAAAAAUCGAAACGGAAAGCUGUACAAUGCGGCACUUGCUUGCAGUAAGACUUGUUGAGAGGUGGUCCACGUCACGAGCGUAAACAUUAGUUUGUUUGAGGACGCGUACGAUUUUAAGGCUGCCAAAAAUCAACAUCAAUCACAGGGCAUCACAUAAAUGACACCCACCCUGUAGGUUUCACAUUUAGUUGGCAUACAACAUUUGACAAGAGUCUCCAUUGUGGGUUUUGUAUCGGUGCUUACACACACUGUGCUGACCUACAUUGAGAGGGACAGACACUUUGUGUUGCAUAGAUUUGGUUUCUGAGUGACAAUGAAAGCGAUGGAAAUGUUAGCUAUGACAGAUUUAGAACGCGGGGUCUAUUUGUCAGCCAAACAAUAUGGGAUUUAGAAGAAUUCCAAGAGAGCGGUCUUGUGGAUAAUCGUCUUUUCAACUUUCUUUCUUUUUAAACCCAUGAAAAAAAGUAGAACACCACCACCUAAACAUUUACUUUCCCCCCUAAUGCAUGAAUGAUUCUGAUAAAGUUUCUGCUAAAUGCGCGGGUAAAUACACGGAAAUCAGAAAAACAUAGAACAUGUAUGGAAAUCAUACAGCAAUUAAAAAAAAAACAUGGUUUAAUCCAGUCUGCAAUCGAAGGACCAGAGAUAAAUUAAAGAUCACUAUACUAGUUUAUUUAGACGGCAAACUGCUGAACAGAUGGUGGUUUACAUCGUAUAGCCCUGGCGAACCUCUGUGGACCCGCAUGUGACGUGUUUUCGGUAAAAUUAGCAAAGAUUUAAAAAAUAAAUUAUUCAUUAAUGCUGCUGCUUUUACAGUAUAAAUCUGUGGGAUGUGUUGAUAACGGAGAGUGGUUUUGAAAUGAAAUAGAUGGCUGUUUGCUACAGUGAUACGCUAUAAGAUGUCUUUUGCGGCACCAACAAACAACUUGGUAACACAUGACAUUUUUUUUAAAUUCCAAAUUAGUAUGAGAAAAGAUUAAAUUAAACAGAAUUGUAAUAGUUAGUUAUUUUCGAAUGUACAGCACAACAUAACCUAAAGAUUAUUUUGGACGUAACAACCCUACUAUUUGUAGGCUAUUUUGAGGCGUGUUAGAAGUCAUUAAAAUAAAAACACAAAUACACUUUAGUGUACAUAGUUAGAAAAAUAGAAUAGUACAUUUUUACACCAUGGUGCAUCGUUUUGAAAUGCACUGUGGCUGAGGUUGUAUUUGCUGGUGUGGGACCACAUUCAGAGUUACUAACUCAAAGACGGAACUACACAUUAAAACCAAUGUGAUAAUUGUAAACAUUGAAUAAUGUGUAUUGUAAUACAAGCAAUGUAAUUCAGCUUGCGACAGGCUUUUAAGAAUUUGUGUAGAACUAAUAUUGUUGCAUACCACAUAAUUUAAUAUUAGACAUUUAAGAGUUUCCACCAGAUAUUCUUAGGGAAAGCCUAUUCUUCUUUUCAAAAUCCUAGAUUAAACGAAUGGCUUUCAUUAACACAAUUUUUCUUGUGAUAUUGGAUAUAUAGACUUGUGUAAAAGUCUAAAGACAAAUUCCGAAAAGUGUUUGUUUCCAGGUUUUUCUAAUCGAUAUCCAAAUUAUUAUAUACCGGUACAUAUAAUUAUAACCAUCACAGCAACCCUUAAUUAAAAAAACACGUUAGGUUGCAACUAAAAACAUAUUGACUAUUUAAAAUUGAAUUAAACGAAUCCUUCUCCACAUAUGCCAAGAGUUACAUUUAAGCAAUCUUUAUCAUUAACUUCAAAAAUGUAGUUGGUUGUUGGUGCAUUCAGAGAGACAAACCUAAAGCCUAAUCAACAAUUAAAGAGAUGCAAGAGGUUAACCACCAUCCCUAACUCACAAAUGGAUCAAGUAGGUCAAACUUAAUGAGGUUAUAGUGCAAGUGUUGCAAAUUCAAGUAUGGACAGGGCCAGAGAUAAUCGUUGCAUUUCUUCAGAACGCACACAGGCCUUUUCAGUUCAUUUGGGAGAAGUCCACCUUGCUUUUGCACAUCAAUAACAGCCUUAUCAGUAUGAGUCACCCAUGUUGCUACCUUCCUCAUAGACAUCCAUUGGCACCGCUAACUGUUAAAAAAACAUUGGAAAGAUAACUAUCUAUCUUCGGAUAAAUUUAAGACGGUCAAGAUGAGUCAAAACUAAAGAUAGCACCUGCUACCCCGCUUAUGCAAGUUUGAGAUUACAGGGUGAAAACAAAACAACUUAAAACUCAAAAGCAAAUUUAAAAAAGAAGCUGCAUUUUGCUUGCUCCCUAACAGUAUCUUCCAGUGAUGCACGUCUUCCCUAAGCUCCUCCACAAUAAGAGUCACGGACCGAGUGUUAGAGCAAGGAGAAGCAGGUAGGAGUUGGCAAGAGAGAACGAGGAAA